AAACUGCUGUUUCUCGGACUUAUCCGAAUCUCUGAGGUUUACCACCGGGAGACUAUGACCUGUUUGAGCUUAUACAGAAUUCGUUGUAUGCUUUCGAGCUACAUAUCGCGCCUCUUCACCUCCCCAGGCAGCUCGCGAGAGACAGUUUUAUUCGGAGGUCCAGAUCCCAAUCGAGGCUGUACGCAUGAAUCUGCGAAUGGCACCACGCCAAUGAUGUCGAAGGAAGAGCCAGCCUUGCCUACCGCUUCAAGCCCUGGUGUUUCUGGCAAAGACUCAGUACCAAUACGCUUGCACACCGUGCGAAUUUUGUUUUCUUACAAAGGAACUCAACCUAUGGAAGACAUCAAAAGAAAGGGCCUCGACGAUGUGGUUUUUGAUGCUAUUCCUCUUCAAGAUUUUAAUGCUCAAGCCCAGGACGAUUAUGGCAAUACGAACGAUGCAUUUCUAGUGGACCUUGCGGUAGUCGAGGCUGGUAUUUCACGGGUUUGGGGAAAAUAUGGGAUCAUAAAAUUCGUCCCCUUGAGCAGCGAUGAUCCGAUUGUCUUUCAACAAUCGGCAAAGGAUUCUGACUUGAGGAAAGCUCUUUGUUACCAACACCUACACUCAAAAUACCUGCAGGAGUAUGAAAAAAGGCAACUUCUGGCAGCAGUUUUGGGAUAUGAGAUACACAAGGGUUUGAACGAUUGGUAUGAUGACUGUCUCGAAGACAUUAGUAACCGCCUCAGAAAGCUCGGAUACUUUUGA